AUGACCCAAGGUUGCUACACCUGUCGACGACGUCGCAUUAUUUGCGACAAUGGCCAGCCUACUUGCCGGAAGUGUCGGGACGCUGGCAAGGAAUGUUUGGGGUACCAAAAACCGCUGGUUUGGGUGAAAGGAGGAGUGGCUAGUCGGGGGAAGAUGAUGGGUCGCAGCUUUGAUGGCCCAGAGAAAUCACCCUCGAAGCCUAAGCGCCAGGAACCCGCUCCGAUCGACGACUCAGGUCCAACCGGCAGUGGGUUUGGAGUUUUCUCCAUCACUGAGUCACAAUCUCCCUCCGAUGCCGAUUCUCAUAGCUCUGGGACUCAGCCCAGCCCUGAAACCGAUGGAUGGGCCUUUGAGACGGACAAUACAAUUGUUGGAACUGAGGUUGAGCAGAUGGGAUUCAACUUCCAUCAGGAGCACGAUACGGCAGUGAUGCAUGUCCCGCGAGGUGCCCCUCCCGCUGAGUACACCCCAACACCAUGGGGCCUGGUAGACCCGCUUCUCAAAGACCUCAGCCAAUUCUCUAGGUACUAUGUUCAUCACUACAAUCAAUAUAUGGUGAACGAUUUUGCACUCUACUCCCAGAGCAAGAACCCAUUCCGGGAUCUUACAGCAUUGGUAAAUCACUCCCCAGUUCUCGCCCACAGCAUCACAGCUCUCGGGGCCCUACAUUACUCUUUGCUGUCGGAGUCGGACUCUUCCCUCCUGCCUUGGUCAUCUGGAAACCUGGCAACUGCAGAUUCGAACUUGUCAGUCGAAGAGAUAGAAGACAUUGUUGCGCCAGCAAGUUCUCGGAAGCCGCUUUCACAGGCAUACCGGCAUUUCCUAGAGUUCAAACAGCGCGCUCUGCACCAAUUGUCCCUGGAUCUUCAAAAUCCGGCAACGCAGAAAGAUGGUAGAACACUAGCAGCCAUUGUCUUACUCGCCUUCUUGGACAUAAUAGAGUCUGGCAGUGGAGCAUGGAGCUACCAUAUUGAAGGCGCGAAGAAACUCCUCAAAGACCGGCCUGAAAGUGGCCUCGGUCAAGGGAUUCUCGAAGAUUUGGAUGCUUUUGCCCUUGAUGGCUGUCUAAUAAUGGAGAUAAUGGGAUCAACACUCGCUCGCCCAGGUGCGCUCUCAAAACCCUUCUACUCCUCCUCCAUGGGUCCCUCGAUCCUCAAACGCCUAGAAGAAAACUCCUGGGUCGGAUGUCCCGCCUAUCUUCUAGAAGUAAUCUUCUUCAUCCACUCCCUCUGGUAUCCAGAAUCAGAAAUCGCCACAAAAACCCAAUCACCAAGCCUUCCAACCUCAAUCCAACCAGGUCAACCCCUAACCCUGGAAGCCUUCGCCAGUCUCCUGCAAGGCAUCCGCAAUUUCGACCCAAUAUUCUGGAGCCAGAACAUGCAAGACGUCUUCUUCAUUCCAGACCUCUCCUACCGCCUCGCACUAGCAACCUCAUACCAAGACGCCGUCUAUCUAUACACGAGUCGUGUCUUGUCCCGCUCAAGAGAGGGGUUCUCCCCGCCUUGGACAGACGUCGGCAUGCCAACAGAUCACAGACUCAUCACUACGAAUCUGAUUACUCAGAUUUGUCUCGUGCCUGCUUCGGAUCCACAUUUCAAGUGUCUUAUCUGGCCUACUUUCAUCGCGGGUGCUGAAUGUCUCCCUUCUCAGCGAGCUCUGAUUCUUGAGAAGCUGGGCUCGCUCUAUGAGGCCCUUACGAGUGCUAAUGUUCGUAAUGCUGCUUGGGUGCUGCGGCUCAUGUGGCAGAAGCAAGAUCUGAAGCGUCGUGAACGUCAUGGUGGGCAUGACUUUGGAGAUACCGUUGGUGGUGAUCUCGAUAAUGAUGAUCUUAUGUUCGACUGGAUUGAUGAGCUAGAUCAUUCACGUCUUGACUGGUUGUUUAUCUAA